AUGGCCCUUCAAUCCCCCAGGCUGCCCAAGCCCCCCACCUCCCGCGCCACCCUGGAUCUGGACUCCGUCUACGACCACGCCCUGUCCCCCCUGCACCACAAUGUGGCCGACUUCGUGAGGGACGUGGCCCCCAACCGGCGGGACUACCUCCGAUGGAGGCGCGUCAUCUUCGACAUCGAGAACGCCUCGCGGGACGUCUUCGGCCGCCGGGCACGCGUGCGGCCCUUCGGGAGCAUCGCCUCCGGGCUGGCCACGUUUCGGUCGGACUUGGACCUGGUGGUGUGUGAUGUGAUCGGGGUGACGUCGGGGGGCUACACGCCGGCGCAGCGGGCGCGGGCGGUGCAGGCGCUGUACAGGCUGGCCAAGAGGUUGGUGCAGAGGCGGGACGUGGUGAUAGAGACGAUGCAGGUAAUCCCAAUGGCCAGAGUGCCCAUACUGAAGAUCGUCACACAGGAUGCGAUCAGCCUGGACCUAUCUGUCCACAAUGCUGCUGGACCCCUGGCCGCAGAAUUCAUCCGCAAGAAGCUCAAGGAAUAUCCCACUGCGCGCCCAGUAUGCCUCGUUAUCAAGACCUUCCUCAAGGAGCUGGGCCUCAACGAGGUGGCCUCUGGGGGCCUGGGCGGUUACGCACUUGCCAACAUGGUCCUGGCGCAGUGCCUGGAAGACAAGGGCACCCCUGCAGAGGAGGACUAUGGCGAGGCGCUGCUCAACUUCCUGGAGCUGUUUGGCACGCGUUUUGACUAUGUUCGACAGGGUGUGUGCCUCCGGCGCGACGGCAUCCUGCCCAAGAAGCAGAUCGAGGAGGAGGCGCGCAAGUGGAUAUUCAACCCGGCUUGGGAGGGGAGGACGGACAGGAAGAAGAGGCUGCUGGUGGAGGACCCACUCACGGGACUGAACAUCUCGGGUGCGAGCUCGCGGUAUGGCGAGAUCAGGGGGCACUUCUCGCGGGCUUACGGGGAACUGAAGAGGGAAACGGAGAAGGGGGAAAACGUCAACCCCUUGAACGUGCUGUUUGAUGUGGCCGAGGUGAUCCGCAGGCCAGAGGUGCCCAACAGGCCACACAGAAUACACACCGCCAGGAGAAGGAGGCUGGAGCGUACCGGCGAAACCGUGAUGCGCCUGCGAGCGCCUCAUGCCAUGGGGUGCAGUGCGGUGAGGCUGUGUUGA